AUGGGGGUCGACCCCUUGUCUCCAAUAGCGCCGGCGCGCCUGAGGGCGUUGCUACUUCCAAUUGGCAAAAUCAAGCGCUCGCGAUUCUUGAGCUUUGCUGCCAGACUCCAAGCUGAGAAUGUGGUCCGAUUAGGGGAUAUCAGCCCCGAUUCACGACCAAAUCGAAAUAUGUUUUCUCCUCUCGCAUUCCCAACUGGCAUGAUUCUUUACGACCUAUCCUUCUCAGUUCCUCCCACGUCACACCUUGAGCUGUUCCCCUUCGAAAUAUAUCGAGAACCAUUGGUUAUCAUUGCAAUUGCUGAUGGGACGGAGCUCCCGCAGACCACUGGAACAAAUGAGAAACACCCGACACCCGAAGGCUUGGACACAUUGCUGGAGGAGCUUGAUGCGGUGAAGGAAAGGAAUCCGCGGGCAUUGGUGAACCAGCUCCUGGUGUUUGAUUAUGAAGGCCUUGGAAAGCUUACGAAUGGACCGGACAAUGUGCUCUGGGUUCCUCGCCCUGAGGCCUCUAAAGCAACUACUAUGAAAACGGUUCUGUGUGACAUCACAUCGGUACUACUUGGGGAGCUUGAUGAGUUCGCAAAGACAAUUCAAAGUAUCCCAUCGAUCGAGUCCCCCAAAGCUUUCUCAUGGGGACCACAUCGCAACCCCGAGCUACGACCUCGGCCAGUAGACCGACUAAUGAACCGCAUGACCCUGCCUGCGCAGCUGCCUUCCCCCAAUGGGGGACCACCAGAAACACCGUUAAGUUCCAAUGCUAGCUCACCCGCACCUAGCGAUCACGAAACUCCGACAACCUUCGAUGAAAUCACAAGGUCAAUUCAUCUAUCACGCACGAAUUCCGGGGGUAGAAGCCCUUCGAUAAGUUCGCCCAAGGAGCAUAGUCGGGAUCGAAUGUCUGUUAGCGGAUUGAGUGCCACUGAUCGAACGAAGAAUAGAAUCAAAGGCCGUGCCGGAGUCGUCAUUGGCACUCUUUUCCUGCAGGCGGGAAGAUGGCCUGAUGCUCUCAAGGAACUGUCCGAGGCGGCGAAUAAUGCCCGAGCAGGAAGUGAUUAUAUCUGGCAUGGCAAGGCACUUGAAUCCAUUCUUCUUUGUCUUCUUAUGAUGGGGUGGGCAGGUAUGGAUUUUCAGAUCCCCAAUGUGCUGUAUCCUGCUGCCGAAAAAACGAACAAGGCAAUUAGAGACUCCAUUAAUGCUCCCACGGCUGGUAACCGGAUAGUAUCUCUUCAAAAUCUUGCCAAUUUAUUGCCAGAUCUUUCGAAUACGAUCCUGAACCUCCACAACCGCGCCGCCAAUAUCACCGAUGAGCCUCUUCCUCAACUGGUCUUUUCGGAAACUGUGAUCCGGUUAUCAAGGCUUCUGGUGUCUGCGCGCGUUCGGGAUGGCUCACUCGAUGACAAUGCAUUAAAGCAUAUCGUCAUGAACGAGCCUCUCGUCCCUUUGCUCCAGCCGGAACUACCCCGGGGAACAGUUGUGCUUCGAAAGACUGACAUUGCCAACUUUCUUUUCCGUGCUCUUCCACUUUCCCCGGGUGCAGACUUGCCAGCUACCGAUUAUGUUCCUAUCAUAGUUGGUGUUGUAUCCGUCUUGAACAUUCUCGACUUACCGCGGAAGAAAGCAUUUGUGAUGCGCGAGCUUCUGUCUGUGAUGAUCCCUACUCUUGUACAGGCUCGGAAGAUUGGCGCUGCAGAAGUGGGCAUUCACCCCGCUGCAGGACUAGCGUCUCUGAGCGACACUGUAUUUGAUGUCAAUGCUCUUGAUGUGGGCCCUGGUAAUAUGGAAUCAAGUGUCCGUCUUCUUCUAGCCACGAUAGGCGAGACAUACGGUGUUCAGCCCUCUUCAUUCUAUGAAUGGGAGAAACGUCUUAGCCAGUCAUCUGCCCCCGGUGACUAUGACUCGGUUGCAGCAAUCGCAGAGCGUUCAUUCAGACACUGUGUUCUGGACCGAUACGGCGACCUGAACCUCAAGAUUGACGUGCUAAAGGCAUGCAUCAACUGCUGUGAAGCACUUCCUGACUUUGAUGGUGUCUUACGCUUCACCGUCGAGCUCAUGCAAACUAUUCGAGGAGACUUAAUGCUCGGGGAGAAUUAUAAAGUACCUCCAUACUUGCCUCAGGAUGAGCAAAUUCGCCUGUUGAAUAAUAUAAAGCGAACUGUCGGUGCGGCUAAUCGGCUGGGAGCCUCGGAUAUGGCUGCAGAAUAUUGGGAUGACUUCCUCGUGCGCGAUGUACAGCUGCUUGCGUUGCCUGCUCCCAGGCGGCCUGUUCGGAGGUCUAAAACUGAGCUACAAGCCGUGACAACGGGCUCCGAUAAGUCAAAGAAAGACCCGUUCUUAUACAACCCUUUUGCCAAACCAAGCAGCAAGGCUCUUGAGAUGCUUGCUGUGAUGGAUGAGCCUGCUUCAUUCCGCGUCACGCUCCAGAACCCUUAUGAGUUUGAAAUUGAGAUCGAGCAUUUGGAACUAGAAGGUGAAGGCUUAUCGUUCGAUGCUGUGGCGGAAAAUAUCACUCUUCCUCCCCUUUGCCUCCAGGAAGUCAUUGUCCUGGGGACAGCCCAUGGAGAUGGAGACCUCAACAUUUCCAAUUGCGUUGUGAAGGUACGAAAUUGUCGGAAGCGGAAAUUCCCUAUUUUCAGAUCUUUCUGGAAGCCCGACCCAGAGGUCAAAUUCAAGCGAACAGGACUGGCAGCAAAGAAACCUCUCAACGAACGUCCAACAUCAUGGAGUUCGACAACAUCAAAGGAUGGGAAGACCCUCUCGAAGAAGGGCCCUGAAAAUGAAACAUGUCAAGUCAAAGUCAUCGGCAAACAACCAUCUUUGGUCAUCGAGUCGAUGUCGCUCUCGCAAUCUGCGAUGAUGGUUCUGGAAGGGGAAAUCAGAUCGUUCACCAUCACCCUGCAGAAUACCUCCGCUUGCCCUGUGGAUUUUGUCUUGUUCACGUUCCAGGAUUCAACCACCAAACAACUCCAAUCGGCUCUUAAAAACAAAAACCUUCUUCCAGUUGAAAUCUACGAGUUGGAACUGAAGCUAGCCACGCAGCCAGCCUUGCGAUGGCGCCGCGAAGACUCAGACACGAAGGAUUGCUCAAUCCCACCAAAACAGAAAGCUACCUUCACAGUGGAUGUCCUUGGUAAGCCUGGUUUACAAGAUACGACCGUGCAGAUCGACUACUCGUGUCUUGGAACCAAGCAAGAUGACUUACCUGAGGUCUUCUAUACUCGACAACUGUUUGUCCCGCUGACUGUGACGGUAAAUGCAAGCGUUGAGGUUGCCCGAUGCGAUGUUCUGCCAUUCAGCGGUGACUUUGCAUGGAGGAAUAACAUCAAUUCUCCUAUCCAGUCCGAGCAAGAGCCCAACUCGCCCCUUUCUACGACCGACCACGACCCCUUCUCUCAGGUUCUAUCUCGCCUUGGUAAUGGAGCUUAUGGUCCAGAUCACUGCGUUGUGUUGCUAGAUCUGCGAAAUGCUUGGCCAAGUCCUUUGUCAGUGUGGCUGCGCGUUGACGAACACCCCAUCUCUGGAAAAGGUGACCACAUCGGCCAAUACUCAGUCGAUGGUGACCUCCAACCCGGCCAGACAUCUCGAUUCGUCCUUGUACUACCCCGCGUCUAUUUGGACAACCCCCAUGCAACAAUUCCCGUCGUCAACACUGGUACACGUCGGCAAUUCGUUGUCAGCGCGAACAAAUUAACCUUCGAGGCCGAGGCAGCUUCAAGAGAAUCCUUCUGGUUCCGCGAGGAAUUCCUCAAACGAGUUGUGGGUGGCUGGAGCGAGCCAGCUACUGGCCGCAAGGGGUCAAUCGACCUUCGCAACAUCCGCAUGAACGCUCGCAUGGUGGAAGCCAUGCGUCUCGAGGACGUGGAAAUGACAUUUUCCCUCGCAUCUCCAUCAACGGCCUCGGCAUCGGCCGAUGCGAAAUCAUCAGACGCAAUUACCCAAAGCGGUCGCUCUCGCUUCCGCGUCAUGACAGACGACCUCUUGACCCUGAAUGUCAAUGUGCACAACCGCUCCUCACGUCCUGUCCAGCCGCUCCUCCGUCUUCAGCCUAGUCUCCGCCACCAACCGAAUAACGUCGCGUUGGAUCUUACACGCCGUCUCGCUUGGAGCGGUAUGCUACAGCAGGCUCUACCAAUCCUGCAGAGUGGUGAAUCAACGCAAGCAUCUAUCGGUGUGACGGUGUUAUGCAGGGGCGAGUACGAGUUCGGUGCGAGCGUCGAAGAGGCGCGGCUCCUACGGCCCUUCGGUGAGGAGCCUAAAGGAGAUGCCGACCCCCAUGAUGAUAGCAUCAAGGAUACGUUUGGCGCGGAUGUCGUGAGACGACGACGCAUCUGGCAUGCGAAGGAAACCUGUAUCAUCCAUGCCCGGGACUGA